AAUUAAAAACCUCUCCGUUUCAUUUUGUACAAUAUUAUCCCACUUCUUUCUGGAGGCAAAAAGAGAGGCUAAAGAACAAGUAACACUCACCGAGAACGAAGAAUGGAAAAGAAAAUAUUAACAAAAGCUACUUCCGAAACAGAAGAACCAACUCCAGGUUGGAUGUUUCACCAUAUUGCCAGUACUACAAAAAAGUCUCCUCAAGCUUGUGAGGAAACAACAAAUUGGUUGAUGAAGAGAUUAACCCACAAAAAUCCUCACGUAAAAAAGAAAGUUUUGUUGAUUAUAAAGAGCGUUGCUCAAUCUGGUGAUGCUGAAUUUGCCAGAAUAAUAGUCAAGAGAAGCGAAGAAAUCAAACAAUACGCUAAUUUCAGAGGAGAUAAAGAUCCACUUCAUGGUGAUGCUUUGAAUCAAAGUAUUAGAACAGCAGCAUCCCAGGCAAUUGAAGCAAUAUUUGAAAGAAAUGAAAGUGGUUCCAAGUUUAAAGUAAAUAUGGAUUUGAAUGGUUCCGAUCAAAAUUCUGGAAGAAUUGGAACUGCACCAACUGGAGGAUUUGGUGUUUUUGGAGGAGGAGUAGGAAGUUCAGACUAUGGUAACGACUAUACACACGCUUCCGAUACUGAAAAUAGACCAGCUUUUGGUGGAGGUUUUGGACCUAAUACUCCUGCUUUUGGUGGAGGUUUUGGUUCAAAUACUGUUAAUAAUCAAGCUUCUAAUGCAGGAAGAGUUGGUACCAUGACUGGUAUUGGUAGUACAUUUGCGAAUGAGCAAAUAGCAAAACAAAAUCAAUCUGCUGGUUGGACUGGUACUCUCAGUAAUUUAACAAACUACCUCCCAACUUGGUCUAAACAGAAGGAUACUCACGGUAUGGAUAAAAACAAUUUCCCAGGACUAAUUGCUGGAUCAGAAUACGAAGGUGCUGAUGCAAAUGGCUCAUAUGUUGGAGUUAUUCUUCCACCUGGAGGAUCUUCUGGUCUAUCUGGAUCAUCUCAUGUUCCUGGAAAGAAACUUUGGGAAACUGAUACCCCUUCAACAAAAUCAACUAACAAUACAGUGGGAGAGUUAGAAAUUAAGGUGGUGAAUGAAUUUACUUCACCAGGAGGUAUUCGUAAACCUGCUCCAACGAAGAAGGAAUGUACAGACUUUGCUCAAAAGUGUUCAUCGCUCAACUUAUUGCAAGUAGCCGAAUUAUUGAAUCAAAAAUUGGAUGAUCAUGAAUGGAUUGUAAGACUUAAGGCUCUGUAUGGUAUUGAGGCUCUUUUGAAGGCUGAAAAUAAGGCUGUCACUGAAUUUUAUUCCGAAAAUUGUGAAAAUAUCUUAAAACAAUCAGAAUCCGUGCAAGAAAGUGUUAGACAACAAGCAGAAAAGGUUGCCAAAUUGUUGAACUUUGAUGAAGGAGAUGAUGCUCAGUAUGGACCAACACUUCUCGAAGAUUUUGGAGGCAUGUCCAUUUCAACCUCCUCUCCAUCUACCUCUAAAACUACUAGAAAACAAAUCAAUUUUGUUCCAUCCAGUGGUUCUACCACAACCACUAACAAUAACUCAAAUGAUGCCUCUGACUUCUUUGAUAUGAUGAAUGAUAAUUCAACAAGUAAUUCAGGUGAUGAUAUAUUAAGCGGAUUUGAGGUGAAGAACUACCAACCAACACCAAAGCAACCUGUUCAACAAAAGACAACAAGAACACCAACAGAGACAAAGCCAAGAGUACAACCAAGUCAAAAGACUCCAUCAAGUGCAACAACCCCAACCAAAUCAGAUUUGUUGGACCUUGAUACCUUACUCUCUGCUCCAACAAUUCCCUCCCAAAAGACAACUACCACUACACCAACAUCCAUUCCAUACACUGUCCCUGUACAACAACCAAUCUAUGCUAUUCCAACAUAUCCACCAAUGUACCAACCAUAUGGCGUAGUACCUCAACCUGGAGUACCAAUUUACCCUGUUUAUCAACAACCUUAUUAUCCACCACAAACCUUUGCAAAUGUCGGAACAAUUCCAAACAGAUCAAAUCCUCCUCCAAUUAUGCCAAAAGGUUCACAAAGUCAAGCUUUUGAUUUUAUCAAUAAUACUCAACCUCAAGAGCAACCAAAAGAAGAAAAGGAUUCUUUUGAUUUUGUUAAGCAAGUUUAUCUUAAAUAAAGUUUUGUUUUAUGU